GUUCGACUUCUUCCCACUCCAGUGUUUCUGUAUGCCGUUUGAUCAAACUGUUAAACUGCCACUCUCCGUGAAGAAAUGGCGCCAUACGACAGUGACUCCUCGGGUGCUGAAGACGACGACUUUACCGAGACCAACGUAUUGCUUGGCUAUGCGUCCGCGGACUCCAAUGGCGAGGAGGUCAGCCGACUCGGUGGCCGCCCAGACUGGCUAGAUCCAAGCAAGCCACCUUCAGCUGCUCUUGCAAGAUGCAAAGUCUGCAAGGACCUCAUGGUCCUCCUCGUGCAGCUAAACGCCGAGCUGCCUGACCGAUUCCCCGACCACGAGCGCAGGAUAUACGUGCUCACCUGCAGGAGGAAGAGCUGCCGAAGGAAGGAGGGAAGCAUCCGCGCCAUCAGAGGCGUCCGUGUCUCAGCUGAGACCACCGAGAGCGCGGGAAACGGUAGUCAGCCCAAGGAGACGGCCACCCCGAAACCUGCUUCCCAAGGAUUGGGCGAAGCGCUCUUCGGCGUGAAGCCGGCCACAGGACCGGGAAGCGCCCCUCGCGCCAACCCCUUUGCGACCUCCUCAGCUUCCGCCACCAACCCUUUCGCCCCCAAACCAUCAUCCGCUUCCCCAGCGAAUCCCUUCAGCACCCAAUCAAUCGCUCCCACAACCGACGCUAAGCCGGAUGCCGAGAAAGCAACAGACGCCCUCCCUAAAACCUUUGCCGAAACUCUGAAUCUCAACAACCCCCAAACAACUUACGGCCCCCCUCCCCCGCCAGAACCCUGGCCCGAGGAGGCUGCCCAACCAGCACCCUACCCGAUCCGCUGGCUGGCCGACGCCGAGUACGAGACCUUGGAUCCGACACCCUUAACCGCCGUCUCCACAACGGCAAACACCGCAAUGGACGUGGAUUCCGGCGAAGGGGCAGGAGGAGGAGGCAAAGAGGACAAGGAAGUCUUCGAGUCUAGCAUGGAUGCGACCUUCCAGAAGUUUGCCGACCGUGUGGGCCAGAACCCCGAGCAAUGUAUCCGGUAUGAGUUCGGUGGGCAGCCGCUUCUGUAUGCCAAGGGUGAUGUGGUCGGCAAGUUGCUUCAUACUAGUGGGACGGAGAAGGUAGUCUCUGGGAAGGGGAUGCCGAGGUGCGGGAACUGUGGCGCGGGCAGGGUGUUUGAAGUCCAGCUGAUGCCGCACGCAAUUCAGGAGUUGGAGGUGGAGGAGGAUGGGUUGGAUGGCAUGGACUGGGGUACUAUCAUUGUGGGUGUGUGCGAGAGGGACUGUCAGCCACGGAAUGUGAACAGAGGGGAGGCAGGGUAUCUCGAGGAGUGGGCCGGUGUGCAAUGGGAGGAGCUGACGAUGAAAAGGUGACAUGGUUUGUAGAAAGAGGCGAUAAGAGGAAGGAAAUGUCAGGUAUCAAGACGAUCAUAUCAAGUCA